UCUGCCUCUGGGCUUUCUGUUCUGUUCUAGAGAACCAGUACCAGAAUAUUCAAAUCACUCUGGCGUUCAACACGUUUUAAUAUCUGAUAGGGCCAGUUUCUGCGCAUUGCACUUUUUUUUUUUUCCUUUCAGGAACGCGUUCGGGCCGCGGCAGGGGGCGGGGUCGCGCCUCCGUCGCGGCUCUGGUUCCAGCGGAGCCUCACGGAUGCGGAGAUGGAAAGCCCAAGGCUGUUCCCGGCUCGUGGGGCACGACAGGGCGGCGGCGCUGGCAGCCCCGUAAGCGGCGGCCGGGACCACGGAGGCCCUGACCCGCAGGCUGGCCAGGCCCCCACACGCCGCCUCCUGCUGCUCCGGGGACCCCAAGAUGGCGGGUCCGGGCGGCGGUGCCAGGAGGCCCGCGCGGACUCACGGGGCCCGAGCCAGAGCCCGAGCCAUUUGGUGCAAAGGCCCGAUCAUACUGGCGGCGGCGGCGGCGGCGACGACUUCUUCCUGGUACUGUUGGACCCGGUGGGUGGCUACGUGGAGACCACGGACACUGGCCAGGCCGCGGGGCCUGUACGCAGGGAGGCGGCCGAGCCGGGCUCACGGCUCCAGGCGGGCGAGAGUGGCGGGAACCCCGCGGGCCGCCCUGCUCGGGGCCCCCGCUGCCUUUCCGCGGUGCCUGCCCAAACCCCGGCUCCAGCCCCGGCCCGAGCCCCGGUCCCUAUCCCGAUUCCCGUCCCAGGCCCGGGCCCCGCUGCGGCCUUCGCGGGCACCAUCACCAUCCACAACGAAAACCUGCUCUUGCGCUUUGAGAACGGCGUCCUCACCCUGGCCACGCCCCCGCCGCCAGCCUGGGAGCCUGCGGUCGGGCCUGCCCUGCAGCCUGGGGGUCUGAUCGCCCCGCAAGCAGCGGUCCUGCACACCGCGCAGUCUGGCGACUGCCCCGAGCUGCCGCCCGACCUCCUGCUGGCCGAGUCGGCCGAACUCGCACCGGCCCCGGCACCGGAGGAGGAGGAGGCUGAGGGCCCGGCCGCCGCCGAGAGCCCCCGUGGGCUGCUGUGCCCGGGCCCAGGCGUGGUGCUGUACCUGUGUCCUGAGGCGCAGUGCGGACAAACCUUCGCCAAGAAGCACCAGCUGAAGGUGCACCUGCUGACACACAGCAGCAGCCAAGGCCAGCGGCCCUUCAAGUGCCCCCUGAGCGGCUGCGGCUGGACUUUCACCACCUCGUACAAGCUCAAGAGGCACCUGCAGUCGCACGACAAACUGCGGCCCUUUGGCUGCCCGGCGGAGGGCUGUGGCAAGAGCUUCACCACCGUGUAUAACCUCAAGGCGCACAUGAAGGGCCAUGAGCAGGAGAACUCGUUCAAAUGCGAGGUAUGCGAGGAGAGCUUCCCCACGCAGGCCAAACUCAGCGCCCACCAGCGCAGCCACUUCGAGCCUGAGAGGCCCUACCAAUGCGCGUUUUCUGGCUGCAAGAAGACGUUUAUCACAGUGAGCGCCCUGUUUUCCCAUAACCGCGCCCACUUCAGGGAACAGGAACUUUUUUCCUGCUCAUUUCCUGGCUGCAGCAAGCAGUACGACAAGGCCUGUAGGCUGAAAAUUCACCUGCGGAGCCACACUGGUGAGAGACCUUUCCUUUGUGACUUCGACGGCUGUGGCUGGAACUUCACCAGCAUGUCCAAACUCUUAAGGCACAAAAGGAAGCACGACGAUGACCGGAGGUUCAUGUGCCCUGUGGAAGGCUGUGGGAAAUCUUUCACAAGGGCUGAACAUCUGAAAGGCCACAGCAUAACUCACCUGGGCACGAAACCUUUUGUGUGUCCCAUGGAAGGCUGCUGCGCCAGGUUCUCCGCUCGCAGUAGCCUCUACAUUCACUCCAAGAAACACUUGCAGGAUGUGGACACUUGGAAAAGCCGUUGCCCAGUCUCCACUUGUAAUAAACUCUUCACAUCCAAGCACAGCAUGAAGACCCACAUGGCCAAAAGACACAACUUCGGCCAGGAUGUCCUAGCUCAGCUAGAAGCUGCAAAUUCUCUUACACCCAGCAAUGAACUCACCAGCCAGGCACAGAGUGAUUUCAGUGAUGCAGAGCUAGUGUCUCUCUUCUCUGAUGUGCCUGGCAAUAGUUCUGCGGUGCUGGAUACAGCACUGGUGAACUCUGGAAUCUUGACUAUUGAUGUGGCUUCUGUGAGUUCAACUCUGGCAGCGAAUCUCCCUGAUAACAAUAAUAAUUCCUUGGGGCAGGCUGUGGAUCCUCGGGCCCUGAUGGCCACCAGUGACCUUCCUCAAAGCCUGGAUACCUCUCUCUUUUUUGGAACGACAGCCUCUGGUUUUCAGCCGAGCGCCUCAGAUAUGGAUGAUGUCUCAAGUCUAAGUGUGGAGCCAGUGGGAUCCCUGGGCUCCUUGGCUAUGAAAAACUCUGGUCAAGAGACCCAAGCUUUGACCCCCAGCAGUAAGCUAACAGUGGACACAGAUGCUCUGACUCCUUCGAGCACACUUUGUGAAAACAGUGUCUCAGAACUACUGACGCCAACCAAAGCAGAAUGGAGUGUACAUCCUGAUACUGACUUCUUUGGACAGGAGGAAGAAACCCAGUUUGGAUUCUCCAAUCAAGCAGGAAACCAUGGUACUCAGAAAGAAGCAGAUCUUAUCACAGGGACUGGCAGCUCAUUUUUGGUAUGAACUAACCCUAUUCAUUCCUCACCGCACGGCUUACUCUUACUAAUUACACUCAAUGUUAAAGAUGUUCUGAACUAACUGUUUAAAUGCAGUCAUUUCUUUUAGAUUUGAAAAAGAGCAGAGUCCUGGGCUACGAGUUUGGAGAUUUAAAUUCUGAUCUUGAGCCUGGAACUGACAAGUUGUGUGACCCUGAGCGAGCCACUUAACCUUUCUGAGCCUUAACUUCCUUGCUUAUAAAAUGAGGUGGUUUGAAUAGAUUGUUUUUAAAGUUCUUUCAGCUCUGUAUUUUCAUGGUUUUGUGAUCUUUCUUGAAAAUUUUAGAAUAUUUUACAAUAACUUGCACAUGCUUCUAUUAUAAUGAAAAGUACAUUGAGACUUAAUAAUCAGAGAACAUGGAACAGGUAUUUAACAUCUUAUGGAAAUUUUACACAAUGCCAAAAUAUUUCUAUAACUUAAUGUAUGAGCUUUAAAAAAAAGAAAGGUAAUUAUGUUUUUGUUCUUUUUACCCAUUUAUCUUUCUCUUCUCUUUUUUUGGUGAAAAGCGGUGUUGUGCGAAGUGCCAGGGCUUUGAUAUAACUCAGACACAGUAAUACUGACUUUGUGUUGUUGCAUAAGUGGCCUUAAAAAAGUUAUUUAGUGUCACUAAGCCUCAGUUCCCUGACUGUAAAAUCAUCUUUAUAACGUCCACGUGUCUUGUGCAUCUUACACUUUUUUUUUCUAUCCCAGUAGUUAGUUUUGCAGGGAAAAUAUUUGUGGUUUGGCAUGUUUUGGUACAUCUUUAUCACUUUUCCUGCUCCUUAUUCCUUCUCAAAGAGGAAAAUUAACAUAAUUUUAUAACACAUUUGUGCAGGCAAUAAAGUUUUAUGAGGAUUAAGAAUCUCUUCCACAGAUUAAGAAAGAUUUUCUCCACACAAUUCUUGCAUGACACUGCCCACAUGUCUUUUAGACCUGAUUAUAGUGUCUUUGCUGUGUAUUCAAGGCUUGCCCACAGAGUGACUAGAGAGCCUGUGGUUCCAAAAAAAAUCUGGGAAUGGAUCAGAAUGAGAUUUUCUCCCAUCUGUGCCCCAGAGAAUUCAUUGCUUGCCUUCUCCCAUGGUUGGAAUGAGAGGUUUCAUUUGGAUUUUGAGUAAAUAAUUGUCUGUCUUACAUGAGUAUAGUUUUUUACAGUUUACAUAGCACUUUCACAAGUAUUCUAUUUGAUCAUCACAAUUUUGUGAGAUAGCCUUAGCAAAGUUUUAACUAAACUCAUAUCAAAUAUACCUAACUUACUUUAUAAUGAAUUUUGCUUAGUAACUCUUUAUUGUGUAUGUAUGUAUGUUUAUAUUUGUGUGAAUAUAUAUAAUGUAUAUUUGUUAUAGAAUGGGAGUUACACAAUGGGAGUCUAUGUGUAUGUGUGUAUUAUAUAUAUAUAUAUAUAUAUAUAUAUAUAUAUAUUUCUGAGUUUCAUGAUCCUUUUGUUUAUAACCAUAUUUUCUGUAUCACCUGAAUUAAUGUCUGUUUCCUUCUGCUAUCUUUGUUCCCUCUCCAACCUAUUCUCUAGCAUGUACACACGAGUCCUUGUCAUGAUCUCUUUUUAAACUUUAAUUAGGCAAGUCUUCUUCAUGGUCACUAUUUUUCAGCCUUUCUCCUCAUGGCCCAUUUUUUUAGUCACAAUAUUUACUGCAAGUCUGAGUGUGCACUAAGAUAUUGUUUUCUGGAUUGAGAUGUCAUUGUGUAUAUAUGAAUCAAAUAACAAUGGCGAUAUUUUAUGUAAGGUUUUCAUGAGACAUGAGACAUGUACUUUUACUUUCCUAAAUUUUUUUCACCAUAUAGUUCUGUUAACAAACACUAUUUAUUGCUCUGAAACAUUCUAACCCAAUAUUAUUUGCAUGUAGAUGUUUGUGGAUGACAUCUUUAUAAUUGGCAGUUUGGCAGUGCACUUUAUAAUUUGUCACUUUGAAAUGCAUCUGUACUAAUUUUUAAAUUGUACUCAUUCAGUGAAAAAGCAAAAAGUAUAUAAUAUACAUACAUUUGUGCUCAAAGAAAUGGUCAGAUUUUGAUUGUUCCUAACCAUUUAACAAGUUCUCCUUCAGCACCAUGGAAAGAUUUUAAGCCCGUUUUAGAAAAGUGCUGUUAUUAGCUAAGUCCUCUUACAUAGUUUAUUCUUCAUUUCCUAGAGAUAGGAAUGGAGAACCUAUCUGAGGUGAAAAUCAUUUAGGAGUCUAUUGAACACACAGACAUCUGUUGAAUUAUAUAACCAUAAAAAUAUUUAAAAAUCCUUUCACUUUGUUUCUUUAAUUCCUUGAUCCUGUUUCCUCCCAUUAAAAACUAUCAUAAAAUGCUCUUUUGUUGUAUUCUGUGCAAUUAUCGAAGGACAAAUUUUACUUUUCUUGAAGAUAAUAAUCUUGUAAUUAUUUAUGGGCUCACACAUUUUCUUUCAGUCAAUUCGUUCAAAAGAUUUCUCUUGAAUACCAUUUUCCCAGCAUGAUGGUUAAAAAUGGCAUGAAAUUACAAUCAGAAGUGUGACUACAAACAUAAUGGUUACAUUCUGGUUAAAUUUGCCAUUUAAAAAAAUAAUGGGACAUCGUUUAAUGUUAUACCGGUUGCCUUUUGUGCCUUUACUUUAUUAAAAUUUUUCUGAUUGAAAACACAGUAACAAAAUGCUUUGUAGGAAGGUUUGUGUCUAGGGGAAUCUGUUGAACAUGCCCAUCAUGAGUUGAAGUUUGUUAAUCUUGACAUUUUUACCAUUAUCUUUUACCUUUAUAGUAUUAUAUAACUCAAAGCUUUGAGUAGUAGAAAUGAAACUUGAUAGAAUGAGUAUCAUUUUUCUCUGUAGAUUAAAUGCUUCAUAUUCCCACGUAGGAAAAAUAAUAGAAAACUUUGGUAUAAUGGGUUAUUUAUGACUAUUCCUUGAUUCCAAAUAAAGCACUGAUUAACUCCAUUUGGGAAUACUCAGAAUUCCUUAGUAAUUAAUGGUAUCAAACAGAUCCACUUGAUGAGUUGGUAAUAAUAAAAACUAAUUUAGGUGCAGAUCACUCAAAAUAUGUGAUAAUUGAAAUAUAAGGCUAAAGUUAAAUUUAUGUUUAUAUUCAUUUUGAACAAAAGAUUUGCAUAGUAAUUUUUUAAAAAGAAAUAUGAAUUAGGGAUUUAGAGAACAGAUUAAGCACUUUAUCAGAACACAACUACAUAUAAAACACAAAGCAGUCAUUACAAAUGAACUUACUAUAUUUGUCAAAUCUGCACUGAAGGAGCCUUUGGUAACAAUUUUUAAGCUAGUGGCAUCUCUCACUGUACAUUUCAAGUUAGUUUACUGACUACCUACAAAAUGCAAGGUAGAGCAUAAGGGAUAUAAUAGAUAGGAGUAAAAUACAAGCCAAAUCUUAAUUUUGGACAGGACAUGGGAAUUCACAUAUUAAACAUUUUACAACUGAACAAUACCAUACCAGGAAAUGUGCUUUUAGACACCAAAUUAAUGAUUUGGAGAAAAGGGAGAGGCAGUAGUUAUGCUUUAAUGGAUGGCUAGAUUUAGUUAUAUAGAGAAGAGAGUAGAUGAACUCCAGUCAGGAAGAAAAUAAUUCAAAUGGAGUUGGCCACAACAUUGGGAAAGACAACCUAGCUCAAACGUAGUGUUCAUGUUUGGAAAGAGCUGGGUGUUAGGGUUAGACUACCAGUGUGGAGCCAAACUUCAGAGAGCUGUGAUUACUAGUCACAGUGGGUAGGACUUUAUUCUGGACAUGGUUAAGAGCCAGUGAGGAUACAUAAGAAGGAAAGUCAAAUGAUGAAUAUAUAGAAAGCUCAGUAUAUUAAGCAUGUACAAUGUAGAUUUCAGGGACAUAGGAAAAUCAUUUAGGAGUCUAUUGUAAUAAUUUUAGGGUGCUGUGAUGAAGGCUUGGACUGAUACUGGAGCAGGAAGGGACAGAUAUUGGAGAUAUUUCCAAAUUGAGGAAGCAAAUAUAACUUGGUUACUCAUUGAAUAUAUGUGACAUCCAUCAGAAAAAGGAAGUUCAGAAGUGACUCUAAGGAUUUCUUGGAGACUAAAAACUACAUUUCAUUAACAUGAACAGGAAGGUUGGGUAUUGAAAUCUUUUAUAUGUAUAAUAUAUAUGGAAUUAUAUAUGGGAAGUUAAUUAGGCCAUAUUUAAUUCACUGGGAAGUUGUAAAUCAGUUAUCUCUGAAUAAGCUAUGCAUAUUGUGGAUUAUACACACUCUUAGAUGGUGGAGACCACUUCAUCUCCCUUGGUUCCCUCAUGUUCUCUGAUUCACAACGUUUGUACUCUUGUUUGCCUUUGAGUUUUUACAGGCCUCUACAACCUCAUACAAUACCACCCCAGAAUAGUCUGCAUCAAAAUGAGCUAUGUCAUCUCUGUAGAUUGGAGAGACAGGAAUAGGAUUGUCCAAAACUAAUUUGGGACUCCUUACCCAUAAUCUGUCACUAACAUGGUAUGGGAACUCAGUCACAGGAAUGACAUCCUCUGUUAUCUACAUACCCUAUUUUCUCCUUUUUAUUGUUACCCUUACCCCUAAUGGUGAUAAUGCAGAAGGAAUGGAGUCCAAAGAAAAAGUUAGAGUAAAUAAAUAGCAUCAAUGACUACUGAGCAGUUG